AUGCUUCUCCGUCUCUGCUUCGGUGUGAUACUCCUGGCUGUUUUUGCAACAGCUGAUGAAAAUGAUGACGCUGAAGAUGACGCUAUCAAAAUAGACUGUUUGAAACAAUCUGUGAACAUCACAUGGAGGAUCACUCCUGAGCUGGCACCAUAUUCAAACCGUCUCUUCCUUGGAAACUGCAUCCGCUCGAGUAUGAUUGGUUUACCGACUGGAGAUUGGGAACUACGUUUUGACUACAAAUUCAGAGACUGUAAAUUUAAAAAGAAGUUAACGGCAAAACAUCUUAUCCAUCAAAAUGUAUUGACCUACAAGCCAGGGGUGAAGUCAAGCCCGCCGGCUUAUGAGUAUUUCUUUGAAUGUGUCCAGAAAAGGCCAGAUGGGUGGAUUCCUUCAUUCUUGACCCCAGGUGCCAGUGUGUCUACAGGCCGGGGUGGCCUUGUCUUCCACAUGGCACUCCUCAAUGCACAAAUGUCCGGCAUAGCAAGAUCCAACGUAAUCCCGCUGGGCUCGUUCAUGCCGAUCUGGGCGGCUGUGGAGCAGAAAGCCCAUCAACCGUUGCGUCUCUUCAUGGAGGAAUGUGUAGCAGCCCCCACUGCACAGCUGCGACCACAACAGCAGGUUUAUCCCAUCAUUCUCAACAAAGGGUGUCUUUCAGAUAGUGUCAAAGGAAAUUCAGUGUUCCUUCCUCGAUACCAUUCAUCUGCACUUGUCCUCUCCCUUCAGUCGUUCAUGUUUGGUGUCGGAAAGGUGUACAUUCACUGUAAACUUGUUGCGUGGGAUCCUGAAGUCCUUGAUGAAAGCAAGAAAGCCUGUCAAUAUUCAAAGCAUGGCGAAUGGGAGUUACUAGAUGACCCAUCCCAGAACAACCUGUGUAGCUGCUGUGAUCACACCUGCAGAUCUCGGCACAAAAGAGGAGCUAAACGGGAAUCCCAGGGGUUGAGUCAACUUUCAGUGCUGGGACCUUUGGUCAUUGUGGAUAUGUCAGACAGAAGAAGUCUGAUAGCCUAA